CAAUCUCUCUAGCUUAUCUAGCAGUAGCAACAACUCGUAACAUUUCACGCAUCGUACACUUAUGUGAGACUCGAUUGGACAUAACCCAACGUAAUGUCGCUCGUCGGCGUGCAUCGUUUUACCAUGCUCGCCCGUGUUUUUACCGGUUUGCAAAGCAGAUCGUUGCACUUGGCCGCCUGUAAAAAUGUCAGCGGCAAUUGGGUCGUUGUCAAUGCCCAGCGUCACCAGAGGUAUCGAAAUUGGCAGCCGGUCAUCGCCGCGACUUUCGUCAGGCACGCCAGUGAUGCGGCUCCCAAAGUCUUUGGAAACGGUGCACAUAUGACAGGUUUGGGCACAAUGCAAACUGACAAAGCUUUGGAUGAAUUCAUAGCUUUGCUACAUAAAAACAAUCUUAUGGAUGAUUCGACUAGGGAUAAUAUUAAAAGUAUAAGUUAUACAAAUGCGACUAGCAUUGAAAUACCUCAGGAUAAAAUAGAUUUAGUAUCAGAUGUACCUCAACUGGAUAACGUCGUCACACAAAUCCCGGAGCCUCCUACACCUCCUGCUGUGCAAGAUAUAGUAGAAGCUGCAGCAAACACUGGAUCAAAUCUUGCAGAACUUGGUCUUGGAGGAUGGACUCCUCCUGGAAUGAUUCAACAAGCAUUAGAUUUAUUACAUACACAAGUUGGAUUACCUUGGUGGGCAACAAUUGUGUGCUCUACUGUGGCUAUCAGGUGCCUAUUGCUUCCUAUCGUUAUUAAGAUACAGAGAUAUGCUGCUAAUAUGCACAAUGUACAGCCAGAAAUGCAAUACAUUCAAGCACAGUUGACAGAAGCGAGAAAAAUGGGAGAUCAAAUGGAAGUUAUGAGAUUGAGCGGUGAUAUGUACAGAUUCAUGAAGGAAAAAAAUAUUAAUCCACUUACCAAUGCUGGAUUACCUUUACUUCAGGCUCCAAUAUUUUUAUCAUUCUUUUGGGCUUUGCGAGGUAUGGUUCGAGCUCCUGUACAUAGUAUGGCAGAUGGUGGAUUAUUUUGGUUUCAAGACCUAACUUUGCCUGACCCAUUUUAUGCUUUACCAUUAAUUACUAGUGUUACUCUAUUCACAACAAUAGAACUUGGAACAGAUAGUGUAAGAGUUCAAUCAAUGGGCAAUAUGAGGCAUGUAAUGCGUGCUCUGCCAAUUGUUAUGUUUCCUUUCAUCAUGAAUUUUGAAAGCGCCAUAUUAUGUUAUUGGGUGUCUACCAAUGUAUUCUCCCUCAUUCAAGUCGCUAUUCUUAGAAUACCAAAAGUGAGGACUUAUUUCAAAAUUCCUGAAAUAAUCAAUCAUGAUGCAAAGGCAUUACCAAUCACAAAAAAAAAAUUUGUUGAAGGCUUCAAAGAUUCCUGGACGAAUAUGAAAGUAGCAAGAGAAGCUAGCGCUCGGAAUAUUUACGACGAGACAGUUUUUGAAAAAGCUGGAAAAGGCCCAGUACCUAAAACUUAUAAAUAUGACCCGACAAAACCGAGAAACCCAAACGUUUUUCUCUCUAAGAAAAGGGAUUAGUUGAAUUUCACCAAACUCUAGUUAGAAUCUAGAUCAAGUAUUUUAUAAUUAUAUAAAUACACAAAUUAAUUUUAAAAACAAUUGAUCAUUGGGAGUAGUUGUUAUAUUAAGUUUGAUAAUGUUGUACAUAAAUCUCUCUAUGAAAAAAUGUUGCUUUUAAUUUUGUAAAUGACGUUUAAAAAAUAUACAUGAUUCAUAAUUUGAACUAAA